ACCCCCACCCCUCGGAUUAGUAUUUUUCCCCCUCCAAGAUGGAGGCCUUAGGGGGCUACCCCGCCAAGUCCUCCGGACCCAAAGUGAAGAAGUUGACGGUUCUGCUGAGCAUGACGGUCGGCGUGGGGUGCUUGUUCCUACUACAAACACAACUGGUCAAGCCCCGAAAACCGAAGGACUUUUAUUCCUUCGAGGUGAAGGACGCCAAAGGCAGGGCUGUUUCUCUGGAGAAGUACCGAGGAAAAGCUUCUCUGGUUGUAAACGUGGCGAGUCACAGCGAGCAGACGGAGACUGCGUACAGGUCACUUCAGGAGCUCCACAGGGAGCUGGGAACGUCUCACUUCAACGUCCUGGCCUUCCCUUGUGGACAGUUUGGCGACACCGAGACCGGAACCAGCCGGGACAUCGAGGCCUUGGCCAAGUCCACAUACGGUGUGACGUUCCCCUUCUUUGGCAAAAUCAAAAUAAUGGGCUCCGAGGCUGAACCGGCCUUCACAUUCCUGACAGAUUCCGUGAAGAAAAUUCCCAAGUGGAACUUUUGGAAGUUUCUCGUGAAUCCCGAGGGCAAGGUGGUCCGCUUCUGGCGAGCCGAGGAGCUGAUGGAGAGCGUGCGCCAAGAAGCUGCGACGCUGGUGCGAGAUAUCAUCGUCAAAAAGCGCGUGGAGCUAUGAUGAUCGAUUUGUAGUCACAGUUUCGAUGACACCUGCUCCGUCAAUGCAUUCGUCUUGUGCCAUGGCGACGAGGACUGACAGGACUUGAACUGUUGGAACGCCACUCCAAACAUUUGUUUUUUUAGCCAGUAGAUGCCACAUAGAUUGUGUGUUUAGGUGUGACCAUUGGCUGCAUUUCAUGCUGGAAAUAAUGGCCAAGACCAAAAAGUCCACCAAUUUAGUCAUGCCAGGCCUCUGCUGUGAAACAUGCCCAUGUUUUGUAUUAAAAUGCCUUUCUACAUUGACGCAA